AUGGGACUCAUUCGAACCUCAAAACAUAGCACCAAAUCUUCUCUUCUUCCAUCCAAAUCAAAAUCAUCAUUUUCAACUCCCACUUAUUCUGCUUCUCAAACCAUGAAAACAACAAUUAAGAUUUAUGGCGUGUCUCUUUCGCUCAUUCUCAUCAACCUAGCUGCUAUUAUGGAGCGCGCCGAUGAGAAUCUUCUUCCGUCUGUUUACAAAGAAGUUAGUGAAGCAUUCAAUGCAGGACCGUCUGAUUUAGGUUACCUCACGUUCAUACGGAACUUUGUGCAAGGACUGUCGUCGCCUCUAGCUGGUUGCGUUUUGGAGAGCGAUAAACGGAUUUGGUUUGGCAAUUGGGGAAUUGGAGGUGGUGUUAUGGCUACUGUCAUGGCUGGUCAGACGUUUUGGGGAGUACAGGGAUGGAGAUGUGCCUUUGUUUUGAUGGCGAGUUUGAGCGCGUUGAUUGGAAUCCUUGUUUUACUAUACGUGGAUGAUCCGAAAAAAAGAUUUUCCCCGACUCAAGAUGCUAGUGAUAGUUCAGAAAGGGGUGAUUCUAUCUAUAAUGGCAAUGCUAGUGUGACUUCAGUUUGGAGGCACUCUUGGGCAGCCACUAAAUCUGUGAUCAAAGUUCAAACAUUUCAAAUAAUUGUCUUACAAGGCAUUAUUGGGUCACUACCAUGGACUGCCAUGGUGUUCUUCACAAUGUGGUUCGAACUAAUUGGUUUUGAUAAUAACAGUUCAGCAACCCUCCUCAGUCUUUUUGCUAUUGGAUGUGCACUAGGAUCCUUCAUAGGAGGAUCAAUAGCUGAUCGAUUGACACAAACCUAUCCAUAUUCAGGUCGAAUCAUGUGCGCGCAAUUUAGCGCCUUUAUGGGCAUUCCAUUCUCAUGGUUUCUUCUUAGGGUGAUACCUCAAUCAGUAACUAGUUUUCUUACAUUUUCAAUCACUCUCUUUUUUAUGGGACUAACUAUAAGCUGGAAUGGUACGGCUGCAAACGCACCUAUGUUUGCCGAGGUUGUUCCAGUCAAACACAGAACCAUGAUUUAUGCAUUUGAUAGAGCUUUUGAAGGCUCAUUCUCUUCGGUUGCAGCUCCUUUGGUUGGCAUUCUUGCAGAGAAAAUGUUUGGCUACAAUUCGAAAUCUGUUGAUCCCAUCAAAGGAUCUUCACCUGAGGCUCUUGCCUUGUCAAAGGGACUUCUUUCAAUGAUGGCAGUUCCUUUUGGAUUGUGUUGCUUGUGCUACACGCCAUUGUAUUUUAUAUUUAAGAAGGACCGCGAAAAUGCUAGAAUGCAAGUCAUCAAAGAAGAGGAGAUGAUGUGA